AUGGAUUUUUUCGUAGAAGACGACCUUUCUGAUGUAGAUGAAACUCAUACACAUCAACUUUCUUGUGAUUCUAAGGAUGAUAGCAAUGGAGAUGAUAGCAAUGGAGAUGAGGGCGAUGGACAUGGUGGCAAUGGAGAUGAAAAUGAUAGAGAUGAGGAUAACAAUGAAGAUGAUGACAACAAUGAAUCAGAAACUGAAAACUAUGAGAUGCCAAAAGCUUUUAGAGGUCUAGAAGUUUGGGAAGAAAUUGGCAAGAGAUUAGAGGAUUUUACAUUUGAAGACAUGCAACGAUUAUCAUUCAAAGAUCUUCAAACAUGCAUUGAUUUUUACAAGAUGUAUGCCAAGUGUAUGGGGUUUGGAAUACGGCGUAAGCAUACAAGAUUAAGAAAACUUGAUGGCCAUCCGACCUCACAAAUCAUUUGGUGCAAUAGAGAGGGUUUUCGAGAAGCGAAACACCUUCUCAGACCUGAUAGGAAGCGUAAGGAAAAACCAAUUACUCGAUGCGGUUGUACUGCAAUGAUUAAUUUCAAAUGGGAUCACCUUAAAGAUUCGUGGUAUGUGAAAAGUUUUGUGGCUGAGCAUAACCAUGCCUUAAUCCCCAUGAACCAGGUUUAUUUUGAAAGGACAUUCAGAGAUGUUAGUGAAGCCGAUCAGAUUUAUAUGAAGUCUUUGAUUGAUGGAGUGAAACCAUCUAUCACUAUGAGAAACAUUGCACGUAAUGCUGGGGGAUUACGUGGAGUAGGAUUCUUAAAGAAAGAUUUGUAUAAUGCUUGUGAGAAGUUCAAGAAAGAAGAGAUAAAAGAUGGUGAUACCGAAACCGUCUUAGCAUAUUUGCUUGGUAAAACGGCUUCUGACCCUAAUUUUUUCCUUAGAUAUACUCGUCAUCCAAAAAAUGGGAUAGAAAAAAUGUUUUGGUGUGAUGGGAUUAGUCAAGGGGAUUACAAGGCGUUCGGGUCGGUAAUUGCAUUUGACACAACUUACAAAGUCAACGCAUACCAAAAACCCUUUGUUGUUAUUGUUGGUGUGAACCAUCACAGAAAGACCAUGCCAUUCGGUGUUGCUCUUGUAACAAACGAAAAAACAGAUACCUACAUAUGGGUGUUAAAACGGUUAAAAAAGGAUGGUGGCGGUGUUACUCCUCUACUGUUGUCACAGAUGGGGACAAGUCUAUGGCAAGCGCAAUUGAAGAAGUAUUUCCAAAGGCUCAUCACAGACUAUGUCUUUGGCAUCUAA